CCGGCGUUGCUCGGCAAAAGCCUCGGACGCGAGCAGAACGGAGGAGUUAGAUGGGGAGGAGGCUCCCCGAAGCGGCGACAUGUCUCUUGAUUUGGAAGACGGUGAAGAUGACUUCCUGCCCAGCACAAGCUCUUGGUACAAGUCAAAGAACCCCACGAUCCAAGAAGAGCAAGCACUCCUGGAGGAACCGGGGGCAAACCAGUAUGUCUUCAGCAAGCCCAAAGACCACUGGAAUGCCACCUAUAUUAUUUUCUUCCUCCUUGGGACCAACUCUCUCUUGCCCUUAAACUUUAUCAUGACGGCAAAGCACUACUGGAUGUACAAGCUUCAGAACUGUUCAGAAGACAUUUCUCCUGAAGAUCAGGGAUCCUCAGAUAUCCGUAAUUUCUUUGAAAGCUACAUUUCUGUGGCUUCCACUGUGCCUUCGGUCCUGAGCUUGAUUGGGAACUUCCUGCUAGUCAACAAGGUUUCUGUCAACGUCCGUAUUCUCUCCUCUUUGGCUGUCAUGCUGGCUACCUUUCUGGUGAUUACAGUGCUGGUCAAAGUGGACACUUCUGCGUGGACACUGUGGUUUUUUAUCAUCACCGUUGUCUGCGUGGCCGUCAUCAGCAGUGCUGCCACCAUCUUCAUCAGUAGCAUCUUUGGCUUGUCGGGAUCCUUUCCCAUGAGGAAUUCCCAGGCGCUCAUUUCAGGUCAGGCCAUGGGAGGAACGGUGAGUGCCUUGGCAUCAGUGGUGGAUCUGGCAGCAUCAUCGGAAGUCACAAACAGUGCUCUGGCCUACUUCCUGAUAGGGGACGUCUUCAUUGUUUUGUGCAUUGUGAUGUAUCUGUUUCUUCCCAAGCUGGAGUACGCCAGGUAUUAUACUGCAACGCUGCCACCUAACUCUUUGCCCAGCAGUUACUUGGAGGAAGAGGAGGAUAUGGCAGCAGAGAAUCCCAGCCAGCUCUUGCCAAACAGAAACUACACGGAUAAAAUCCCUCCUCUCUGGCUCAUCUUGAAGAAAACUGGCAUGUUAGGUUUCUGUGUCUUCUACGUCUACUUCAUCUCGAUCACCAUUUUCCCUGCAGUCUCGUCCAGCAUUGAGUCGGUGAACAAAUUCUCCGGGAGUCCAUGGACAGAUAAAUACUUCACACCUCUCACUAGUUUCCUUCUGUACAAUUUUGCAGACUGGUGUGGACGGCAGAGCACCGCCUGGGUCCAGGUUCCCGGACCACGAAGCAAGUGGCUACCAACGAUGAUUCUGCUGAGAACUUUGUUCAUCCCCGUCUUCAUGUUAUGCAACUUUCAGCCUCGAGUGCACAUUGCAAAUGUCGUCUUUGCCCAUGAUGUGUAUCCCAUGGUGUUUGUCGUGUUCCUAGGAUUCAGCAAUGGCUACCUGAGUACAUUAUCGAUUAUUUAUGGUCCCAAAGUCACACCGAAGGAACUAUCCGAAGCAGCAGGAGUGUUGAUGAUGCUCUUCCUGCAGGUGGGGUUAGCACUAGGAUCAGGCUUUUCGGUCCUUGUUGUCCAUCUCAUAUAGAUGGGAGAUUUCAAGCCACUCCUGGAACUUCACUUCCACAAGGACAUUGUGGAAAAAGGCAGAGCAAAUCCCGCUCCUAUCACUGCAGUAUUCCAUUUCUUAGGAAGUGGUGUAGGCAUUGUGUCCUUUGGUUGUGCAGAAAAAGCUUGGAAACCCACCACAAAAUGCAGAAGUGAAAUUCAAAAAUAUUAUCGAAGGUCUCUCUUUUUGGGAGGCGCAAAUGGUUUUGUUUUAUUUAGCAACACGACUCAUGUAUCUUCGCAGGUUUAUAACAUGGAAGCUCUUGUGUUUUUCUAUGGAUAUGAAGGAAUUACAUUCUAGAUUCCAAUGUUCCUACUAAAAUCUGUCCUUUAAAUUAUUCAGAAUAUUAAAAGUCCAUUUGGAGAAUUCUGCAAAGGGAUCAAUAACUCACUGUACCUUUCAGUGUACGUUUUACAUGACCUUUCUUAAGAGAAAUGUGCCUGUAAUCCAGUGUCUGUUAAACAUUUUAAAUGUAUAACAAAUGCAGAUCAAAUAAGAAGGAUUCCCAAAAGCUUUUCAUAUGAAGAGUAGUUGAGAAAAUUUUUUGGUUGAAGAACAGGUACCCUUAAACCAAUAAAUCUCUGGUGCAUAUUUUUUUCAAG